GCUUUUUAGCAACUUCAUCAAAAGUGUUAUCAGCAGUAACCAUAGUAACUGUUAUGGCUUAUUUACUGGAAUUCAACAAAAUACCUGAACUGCAGAAAGUAGUGCCUGCUUCCUCACUUGUUUACUCUAUGUUACAUAACUGUUACAAGAAUAACAACAAAUGGCCAAUUCUUGAUAUUUUUAUAGAUGAUCUUGAUAUCAAGAAAAUAACUAGUGUGGUCUGUCAUGAAUAUUCAUAUAACGAAGAGAAGGGAAUAUAUUUUUAUUUCUUGUAUUCAACCAAUCCAGCAAAUCUAAAACAGUUAUUACAACAAACUGGUGUGGUUGAGUGGAAUGCACGAAUAAUAAAAUCAGCUGGUGACACUCUCUCAUUUGAAGUGAUGAAGCAGCUCUGCAGAGAACAUGGACUACUAAAUAAAGAACCAACAUAUUUUUGUCACCAAUAUAUAUUGACAGACCAAGACAGACUCAAGAACUUCAUUACAAAAAUGGUCUUGCCAGAAAAGUUUAAAAUUGCACCAUUGCAGAUGGAUCAUGCAAAACUUUUACACAGCAAAUGGAUGUAUGCAGAGCCACCACCGUUGCAAAGAUUUGAAAACCUAAUCAAGUACCAGCCAACUUUAGCAAUUUACAAUGAAAAACAACAACCAAUAUCAUGGGGUGCAAUUAAAGAGUUCGGAGAUAUUGGGUUUACACAAACUUUGCCAGAGUAUCAACGACAAAGUUUGGCUAGUAUAGUGACAGCAAAUUUAGCAAGACAGUCAUUACAAAAUGGAGUUCAACUGUGUGUUGUCAUCUCAGAUUCAAAUGAAGCUUCUAAAG